CUCCACACAACUCCCUGAGACGACAAUAAUCACCAAUCGCAAUCCUAAUCCAAGAUGUCCGCUCCGAAUACUCCGUCCGACGUGAGCGUCAUUGGACAAGAACACCUCAAGGACCGCAAGGUCCUCGUUGCGCCACUGCGCAUCAUUCGGUCGCAGUCCGCUCGAGUUCCACUCCUUACGCCGAUCAAGAAGUGGUACCAAGCCCCCAUUCUCGACCGUGUCUUCGCCGCUGGACGCGCGAUGGGAAUGGACCACGACCGAUACAUCCCGUCCGUCGUCUACUACAUGACGUACCGGAUGACAGACCAGGACUACAACGACUAUCGGAGGGCCUUGGCUGUGUUCCCGUUCGCCGGCGCUGUCGAGAAGAUGCUGGCUGUGGGCGAGGGCGAGUUCGACAAGGUGAGCCAGCACCGGCCGGGAUGUCCGUUCUGCGAGGGCGAGGAGUUGGAAGAUCUUCUGCGGGAGCUGGUGCUCCGUGAGAACCUUGGACUCCAGUACGACCUGGCUCGUCCAGGCCCACCGACUCCGCUGCUGGAGUACUGA